GCCUGGGUUAACGGAUCUGCUGCCGAGGUUACUUCCGACUCGAGGAGGAGCUGGAUGAUCGGAGUGGAGAAAAGAAAUUGAAGGGGAUUUUGGUUUAUUUUUCCUCAGUGCAUUCGUAGUAAUUCUUAUUGUUUCAUUUCUUUCAUAUUUAAGGUGCGCUUCGCCAGAUAGAAGCGUUGCAGUAAAGCUGUCGAUAACCCUGAUUUCUUCCUGACUGCUGCUGUCCGAGUAUUUUCGUGGUUUUAACCUGGUGUUUACCAGUACUCUGCAUAGAGCAAUGUUCUCCGGGACAUAUUAGGGAGUCGGCCCUUGGUUUUCAGUCUCCGCAGCUUUAAUGAUACUUGUACCAGAUCAGUUUUCACUAAUAUCUUUCUCAGAAAACAUGAGCACAGCCCAAAUAAAGCGUCGCAGUGGUGGGUCUUCCAGAAGACCAAGCAAGAGACGCAGAGUUACAAAUGCACCUCCGGCAAUGGAGCCCGAGACCAUAGAGGUGCUGGAGAACAAUUUGCACUCCAGCGAGGAUGUUGUCGAUCUGACCUGCGAAGGCUCUGAGCCCGCUGUCGUUGACCUCACUAGCAAUGAUUCAGUGGUGAUUGUAGAUGAAGGUCUGCAGGGCCACCGGGAAGCGAGCGGCGAGAGCUACGUCCUCAGCAGCGACGAGGAGGAGGUGGAGGACAGCGGCAUGAUGCCAACACCGGCCUUCCUCUCCUCCCUGGAGAGCAGCAACAAGGCCAGAGCUACCCCAGGAACGAUUAGUUGCCCCAUCUGCUUAGACACCUAUGGAGAGAUAGUCGGGAGUGGAAGGCUCGUUGUCUCCACGAAAUGCGGACACCUGUUCUGCAGCCAGUGCAUCCGAGACUGUCUCCGCAAAGCAAGCAAGUGUCCGACCUGCAGGAAGAAACUCAACUACAAACAGUACCAUCCCAUUUACAUCUGACUGCAUCUCGCCCCGUGUGUUUGUAAUUGGCUCAAGUUAAAGAAAGGGCAGUGACGAAGGAAGGCUUUAGAAUUUAUUUUUGAAUUAAGACACUUCCAUUUCCAUCGUGCUUUUACAUGUUUCUCACACUGUGGGUCUUCAGAGGUGCGGUUUCUUGGAGGAUCUAUGCAAUUCCACUUGGCUAUUAACCACUCCAGAGCAGUGAGUGUCUCUCUAGGUACAGCAGAAUUUGAGCAUCUGAUAUUUACUUCCAUCUUGAUUGAAUUCAGGACUUACAGUAAUGUUUGAUCAUAAUCUUUCUCUGUGAAAAAGGAUACACUACAGGGGAAAUGCUCUAGUUUGGAAAUUAAAAUGUUUCUGUUCCCUUUUUAUAGUGAUGGAAGAUCUUCAACUUGUUCAACAAACUUGUUAUAUACAGUUUUUGUUAAGGGUACCUCGCUGAAAGUUGUUUGUAAAGGAAGAAUGAAAUCUCUCUUAAAUGCUCAGGAAAUUCUACUGGAGCCUUGCAACUCCAAAAGAACAGUCAGUAGUCUUUCGAAAGAACUGUUAGCAUUCCACAGGCAAGAUAAUAGGUGCUCUCUGGUCACCCUUAAAACAAAAUGUGAUCUUGUUUGAUGCAGCAUAGUGACACAGUUGCACCUUUCCUUGUGGGUGAGUGAAUCGGUUGAACUUCCCUUGUGUUGCAAAACCCUUACCUCUCACUGUAAUGUAUAUAUGUAUAGUAUUGUAUAUAUUUUGUCUGUUAAGUUAAAAUGAACCGAAAUAUAUCCUUAGCAGUCUUAAUAUUUUAACGAGCUAAUUAUGAUCUUGCAGGAAUCAUACUUCUAUGUUGUGACAGGGUUUGUGACGAUCUCUUACAGUAAGGUAAUGGAAAUCCUACAUUCCUACGGUGACCCUUGUACCAGAUCACUUUGGCGUAGUGUGAGCCUGAGCUCUCUUUUUUUUCAGCUUUGUUUCCAUUGUUGUGUGAUUAAAGUUGUACACUUCCCAAGAUUGUUCCUGUACACUUACCUCUGGUGUCAGUUUCUAUCCUCUGACUCAUUACAUUAAUUUCUUUUCACACUGUUAUUUUUUCCUCUAGAGGUUUGCCCUAACAGAGGAGAGACAUUUAAUUGCGUUCUGCUCUAAUUCUGAAUUAAUAUAAAUAAUGAGGUGAAGUCGGUAAGCAAACUGAAUGUAUGAGUGUUCCACCAGCUGUUUUGCAAAGCUUCACCUGUCUAAUGGUAAUGAGGGGCCUCCCACUGAAAUGACACUGGACGUUCCUGUACUAAACCUUGAACUUCAGAGUUAUUGCUGGCAUUUGGACCUUAGACCAAUUUCCUGCACUUUGUCUGCUGCCCUGAAGACUAAGGCAGCAAUCCCAAAAUUGACCUUACACGUCUCUUGUGAAACAUGCGCUGUGUUGCAGAGGAAGGUCAGAUUGAAUGUUUGAAAACAUACUUGUAUGCUGUUUCGCAGAGAGUUCAAAAAACAAAAUAAAGCACAGUGGUUUUUAGGCUUAGGGUUUUAACUUCCAUAAUAUCUUUUCUUGUCACAUUUGUUCCUCUUAGAAUGUUAAAAUGCAUAUGUACUUGUAAAAAUAAUGUCAGCAUACUUAUCAAAUGCUUAAUUAGAGCAUAAUACACUUUUUAUUUUAAAGGGUUGUUUACUCCUGAAGUAUUUUGGCAUAGAAUCCCUGCAGUUUGACAGAUUGUGGUUUUACUUGAAUCUGUGGUUUUCACACUUAUUUCUGAACAGUUGUAUUCUUAUGGUUACAAGAAUGGUUAUGCCAGGCUCACUCCCACCAGUAUUCUGUAUCACCUGUGGUGGGCAUGGUGCGAUUGUCCCUGCAGGUGAUACUGGUUUCCUUGGCAGUCGGCCCUGAGUGACAGAUGGGUGAAGGUGUGGCCAGCAACUGUGGCGCUCAAACUAGAGCAAGCCUGACAUGUCACAAAUGGAAAAGGCUAAGUAGGAAAUCGAGCUCACUUGGUAUCUACUCACCUCAGUUUGUUGAAGUCCAGGAGUCUGCUUUAAUAGCGUAGCAUCCUUUCUGAAACGUCUGGUCUCAAUGAGAUGGAUACAGACAUUUGGGAUUGGAUUUUUUUUCCUCAGCAAGCAGUACUUAGAAAUGGAUGUCCAAUAAAUAAGUCAAUUUGUGUAACAUUGUGCUGUUCAUUCUUUGUGUACUUUCAUCCUUAAAGUGUUAGAACCAAACACUGUUCAACUCCUUAUUUGCCAAAACAGUUUCUUAGUUUUCAAUUGCUUUUGUGAGUUUUCAGAAAAAUAAAGCUCUUGCUCUUAAGUAAAUUGGUAUUAAGACUGAUAAAGGGUUUUGUUGUGACAAUUCCCAGCUGUGUGAAAUUGUUCUGUAGUGGCCUGGUGCCUACUGGAUUGUUGAAUAGUUUAAGAACCAUUUAGACUAGCCAAUUACAGGAUUCACUUUUUCAAAGCUGUUAUACUAGGUGUUGGUGGUGCAGUAGUAAUACUAAUUUUAGAAUUAAAAGUAUUUUUCAUUAAAUGCCAGCUUCUGUUUUUUAUCAAUUGUAUUCUUAAUGCUCAUUUGUAACUUAUGAAUGUUACUCUUGGGAGUUAUGACAAAAUUGUAGGAAAUCUUCCAUAUUAUCCUAUUAUACUUGAAAACAAUGAAAUAGCUUUUAUUGUAUCAACAUGCAAAAUUUCGUAUGCACUUUUUUUCUUAAGGUGUGCUGUAUGGUUACACAGGUUAUAAAUAACUUUGUUUUGUAUAAUCUUCUGAUCCGUUGAAUAAAUUCAAGUGAGUAAUAUAA